AGCCGUCAUUGAACUAAAUUUUCUCUCCUUCUCUUCAUUUUCUCCUGUUAGAUCUCGAAUUUCUGUGUACCAAUUCUUCCUAAGUAAAGAUUUUGGAAAUCUGUUGGAGCGAAAUCAGGCGCAAAGAAGUAAUUCGAUGGAAGUAGACCAGAGUCUAUGGGUGCAAACAAGUAACACAAUGGAAAUAGACCAGAGUUUAGGGGUGCUUACUGAAGUUGUGAUGCCUACCGAUGUUAUCUACCCAGAUCAGGCUCCAUCGCAAGGAAAUGAACUUACAGGGAUGGUGGAAGCUGUAGCUGAGGUCACACAUUCUAGCGCAACAAAAGGAGAUAAGUUUCUAGGUGCUGGCCGACUAUAUCAAAAAGGUGUGCUCUGCAAAGAAGAUGUUCUGGAUGAGAAAUUUCAAGAGGUUGGAGGCUUCAGUAUACUGAAAACACAAGCCCCCUUGUAUAAAGAUAUCUGGUUAAAUUAUGGGCACAUUGCUUCGAACGAAGUUCUUACAGAUUUGUAUUAUUAUUCCCAAGUAAUCGUUGUCUCUGAAAUAAUGACUUGUAUUCUGGAUAUGAGUCGCUACAAUCUCGACCAGGUUUCCUCAUAUGUGAUCGACUCUUGGGAGACGAAGAUAGAAGUAGCAGAGAAACUUGAAUUCAACGUCGGCUGGCUUCGUGAGCGCUUGGAAGACAUUAAGAAAAAUAUUGCUGAGCAGAAGAAGCUUCGGGACACAUUGAGAGAACAAGAUGAGACAAAAGCACAAGUCAUUGAGGCUGAGCAGCAGUUUGUCUUGGCAAAAGAGCAAGUUUUGGCCUUGGGAACUAAGAUUUCUCCCCUGCUCACGGAGAGACAAAAUUUGAUAGAUAAAUGCAGUGGUGGUUUGCUGCUUUUGGAUUGCGGGACGAACUUGUCUCUUGUCACGGCUCCAGUAGAGAACGAUGCAAUUAUGAUGGAAGAACCUAUUGAUAACAUUAACUCAAUGAUGGUGCCUUAUACAGGAAUUGCAUGAAAAACAGGCUUAAUUCCUCGCCUCAACAUAGAGUGUUGUUGUACCUAUAGUUAAUGACAUGUACUUCUGAGUCUGAUGCAGACAGAUUUGCUUCUAAAAUCAUGUAAUAUUGCAUCAACCUGGUUAUGGGCUGGGGAUGUGUAAGUUUGGUCAUGUAAUAUUGCAUCUAGAAAUGUAUGCUUGCAUUUUAU